CAAGCAGGGUGGCUUGUUGUAAGGAGUGAGAGAGGCUGGUAGCUAAAGCUGGCACGUGACUUGAAACUAGGGUGCGAGCUAAAACUGAGGUGCAGAGAGACUUCAGUCCCAGGGUGGAGAACUGGAAGUGAAUUCUACAGGAAGAGCCCCCAAACCCGGGUGUUUUCAUGUUCGUGGUGCGUGAAGAAGGCGGUUGCUAUUCCACGAAAUCACCCUGGCUUCUUUUGCUCCCAGCGCAUCCUGACCUAUGCAAGCAGCCCGAAAACAAACGUUAAGAACCGUUCCCACGCCACCCCCCGCAAAGCAAGCAAAUAUUUGCCAAACACCAGCCUGUGCAAGACACACGUGUCUCGGAAGGGACGACGUUGUCCUGACCUUCAAAGAGCUUAGUAAAGGAGGUCUCAGACCCCACCAACUAUAAAAACAAACAAAUGCAGAAACUGAAAGCACUUGCUAUCCAAAUAGCAAGAAAUGCUAGCCAGAAAUAUUCUAGCAGUAGGCUAACAAUCAAUGUUUAUGCUGUCUUCCUCAGAACUCUUGUGAAGGAAGUGCUUCAUGCACCACAAAGGGACUGGACCUGUGGUUGUAUACGGAACUCCCAGCCAGGCGCUACCUCUAAGGCUGCCAGCGAAGGAGACAGCGCUCGGUGCCCACCAUGCGGGGCUCUUUGGGACUCGCCCUGCUCCAUGCAUUCCCCUGGCUCCUGGCUGCAGUGCCCCAGCUCCCUCCACCAUACGGGGGGCAGCCUAAGAGCUUCCCCCAGGCUCGGACGAGGAGUGGCCGCUCCCAAGAUACUGCCAGGGGAGCCGAUUUUGAUCGCGUGUACAGCGGGGUGGUGAACCUCAGCACGGAGGAGAUCUACUCCUUCAAUUACACCAGCAAACCAGAGCAGGUGGAUGCUGUGCGUGUCUAUGUGAACAGCUCGUCUGAGAACCUCAAGUAUCCUGUCCUCUUCGUGGUUCGCCAGCAAAAAGGGGUGCUGUCCUGGCAGGUGCCUCUGCUCUUCCGAGGAUUGUACCAGAGAACCUAUAACUACCAGGAAGUGAGCCGAACAUUGUGCCCUUCUGAACCCACCAAUGAAACAAGACCUUCGGAGCAACUCAUAUUUGUAGAUGUAGCGUCCAUGGCUCCCCGAGGGGCCCAGUACAACCUGCUCGUUACCAAAAUCAAGAGCUUCCAGCUGCAGACAAAUGUUGCCUUUCAUUUCACUGCCAGCCCUUCUCAACCUCAGUAUUUUCUAUACAAGUUUCCUAAAGAUGUGGACUCUGUUAUCAUUAAAGUGGUAUCUGAAAUGGUCUAUCCAUGCUCGGUUGUGUCAGUACAGGAUAUUGUGUGCCCAGUGUAUGAUCUUGACCAUAAUGUGGAAUUUAAUGGUGUUUAUCAGUCCAUGACCAAGAAAGCAGCUAUCACCAUACAGAAGAAGGAUUUUCCAGGAGAGCAGUUCUUUGUGGUGUUUGUGAUAAAGCCUGAAGAUUAUGCUUGUGGAGGAUCAUUCUUCAUCCCAGGAAAGGAAAACCACACCUGGAACCUUCAGAGAACAAAGAACCUUAAAGUGACCGUUGUUCCCGCCAUUAAAGAAUCUGUUUAUGUGAAAGCCAUAUUACUCAGCUUCCUUAUAUUCUUCUCCUUCUACUUGGGGUCUCUGCUUGUUGCUUUCGUGCACUAUGUCAGAUUUCGGGGGAAAUCCAUAGAUGGCAGAUAUUGUUCAAGUGAUGGAUCUAGGAAUGUAACUGAUUCCCACCCCAUUGCCACCAGUACACCUGAAGGGAGCAGCUACGGGGCAAUAGAUGAAUCAGUCUCCAGUGGUGGCAGACAGAUGUCUUCAUCAGAUGGUGGGGCCCGAUACCAAUCAGACACAGAUAGCUCAGUGGAAGAGGAGAGUGAUUUUGACACUAUGCCAGAUAUUGAAAGUGACAAAAAUGUCAUCCGCACCAAGAUGUUCCUCUACCUGUCAGACCUGUCUAGGAAGGACCGAAGAAUUGUCAGCAAAAAAUAUAAGAUUUAUUUUUGGAACAUCACGACUAUCGCUGUGUUUUAUGCCCUUCCUGUGAUCCAGCUGGUUAUCACCUACCAGACUGUUGUGAAUGUGACUGGCAAUCAGGACAUCUGCUACUACAACUUCCUCUGUGCCCAUCCCUUGGGGGUCCUUAGUGCCUUCAACAACAUCCUCAGUAACCUUGGUCAUGUACUUCUGGGCUUCCUCUUCCUUCUGAUAGUCUUGCGUAAGGACAUCCUCCACCGAAGAUCAUUGGAAGCUAAAGACAUCUUUGCAAUGGAAUAUGGGAUUCCCAAACACUUUGGCCUUUUCUAUGCUAUGGGCAUUGCUCUGAUGAUGGAAGGAGUACUCAGUGCUUGCUACCAUGUCUGUCCUAAUUACUCCAACUUCCAGUUUGACACCUCCUUCAUGUACAUGAUUGCAGGACUCUGCAUGCUGAAGCUCUAUCAGACCCGCCACCCUGACAUCAAUGCCAGUGCCUAUUCUGCCUAUGCAUCUUUUGCUGUGGUCAUCUGUCUGACUGUCCUUGGAGUGUUGUUUGGAAAAAAUGAUAUAUGGUUCUGGGUUAUCUUCUCUGCGAUCCACAUUCUGGCAUCCCUUGCACUCAGCACACAGAUCUACUAUAUGGGCCGCUUCAAAAUAGAUGUGUCUGACACAGCAGAUUUGGGAAUUUUCCGCCGGAUUGCCAUGGUAUUCUAUACUGACUGUUUCCACCAGUGUAGCCGACCGCUGUACAUGGACAGAAUGGUGCUGCUUAUUGUUGGGAAUCUUGUUAACUGGUCCUUUGCCCUCUUUGGACUGGUGUAUCGACCCAGGGACUUUGCUUCCUACAUGUUGGGGAUUUUUAUCUGUAACCUGCUGCUGUACCUGGCCUUUUAUAUCAUCAUGAAGCUCCGCAGCUCUGAGAAGGUCCUCCCCAUCCCACUGUUCUGCAUCGUUGCCACAGCUGUGGUGUGGGCAGCAGCCCUUUACUUUUUCUUCCAGAAUCUUAGCAGCUGGGAGGAAACCCCAGCAGAAUCCCGAGAGAAGAAUCGUGAUUGCAUCCUGCUGGAUUUCUUUGACGACCACGAUGUCUGGCACUUCCUUUCUGCUACUGCCUUGUUUUUCUCCUUCUUGGUAUUAUUAACUCUAGAUGAUGACCUGGAUGUUGUCCGGAGAGAUCAGAUCCCUGUCUUCUGAGUGAGGGCUGUGCGUGAUGUGAGAGGAAGUGCUCACUCUUGGUGCUGCCCCAUAGAUCAUUCAAUGACUGCAUCAGAGCAGCCAUUGCCAGAGAUUCCCUGGUCAUCUGCCAAGAGGACAGACCUGUCCACAUUCAAAUAGUCAGCAUGUGAGAAAAGGAAGAGGAACUGGAAAGACCCCGGCCCCGUGAAAAGGGACAUAGUGAAUCACGGCCAACUCCAAAGGCCAGUGAAACACUUUGAGUUCUUCUUCUGUUUGCCACUCUGCAAGUGAGAUGUGAACAAGAAGUAUAGAUAUCAUUUACAUGGAAUUGUCUUGCAAACCCCACUUCCAGAAUUGCUCAGCAGUGGCAAACUGAUGGUGCCCACUUUUCCUUAAUCUCAGUGCCCAGUAAGAGUAAAAAACUGACUUCACGUGAGAGAUUUUGGCUUCAGUCACUUGUUUCUGUAAGCUCUUCUGCUCCUGGAUAAGCCAAAGCUUCAGUUUGCAUCUUCUGGGCCCUGGUGGUGACGGUCACCCUUUCAGUGUGUGGUAUAUAAACUAGGUGGUAUAUGUCAAAAUCUCCCUUCAGCCAGGGGUGGUAUCAUGAGAUCCAGCAUGGCACACUCUUUGGAAGGAAAGCUGUAUAUUUUUGUAUAGACUCCUGAGUCCAUUAAGAGGACUCAGAAUAAGACUUUUGCUGGCUGUUCCUUAUGAUGGAGCCCUUGUUCCAUGAUGGUCAACUGGUUCAGAAUACUUAUGUUCUUAACUAUCCUGCUUAUCAAGCAUGCAUCUCUGCAUCUCACUGAUCUUCUGUUGACUCCAUACUUCAGCUUAACCUUCCUGGGAAGGCCCUGCUCCUUAAUCCUCCUGCCAGCUCUUGGUGUGACAGACACCCUCUCAAAGCAUGUGUCGGGGUGGGAAAACCCCAACUACCAGCAUAAUGAUAUCCAGCAAGUGAAGUCAACCCAACAUUCCAGUUGGCAAGAACAUCAGCAACUUCAAGAUUAAACACAAUCUGCCUCACCCCAAGGGGCCCAAUCUUAGAAGAUUCUAGACUUUGGUGCAAAUUCCCCAUAGUAAAAGUGUUCACUCUGUUCUUCUACCCAAAUAGCUAGAUGGUGCACCUAAAACAUCAAUGGGAGGGAAGCAGGCAAACAAGCCAGAGCCAGGAGACUUGGCAAUGCACUCAGAUGAGCUCUGGCCCUAACAGGAGGCCUGUCCCUUAGUUCAUCCCUUCUUUAAUAGGCUCAGACCCUUCUGCCUUGAGCUGUUUUUAAACACUCUUUCCUAGCUGCAGAGAGCUCUAUGGAUUUUAAUGAUCUCUUUUGGUAAUAACCGACAGUCUUUUUCUUCUCCAAAAAAGGGUAUGGAAAAGCUUGGAAUCCUAGGCCCACUAUCUUAGUGUGUGGCAGGCCUGCCUCUGUGAGGCUGGGAGCCUCCAUUUUUACCUUGUUCCCUUCUUAGUUUGAUGUGAGAGGAAAACAGAAUUUUGGAUGAAAUUUAAGUUGCCUAUACUUUUUUUGACUAAGCCCCUCAAAGAGAUGAAUUUUACAUUUUUAAAGUGCUUUUUAGCAUUAUCCUUACCCUAAAAUAUUUGCAUAGCAUUUAAAAAAAUACAUUUUGGAAGUUUUAUUUGGCAAGCCUUUUCUUGCUUUCAAAACAUGUGCACAUGCACAAAGAUGCUUGCAGUGAAAUAUUUUGUGAAAAAUUUCUGAACAGCCAAAAUGGAUUUAAUAGCAUUCUGUUUUUCUUCAUUCUUAAAAAGGCUCAUUUUUAUAGUUACAGACACAUGGAGGCUAUUAAUUACAUACUCAUCUUAAACCAUAAGUCCAAAGCCUGUUUAACUGCACCUGGCACUCUUUAGACUGUAAUCCAUGAAUUCUUUUUUUAAAUUUUUUUUUUGUUAUAAGCCCUACUAAGGAAAAAAUAAGACCAAAAAAAUCUAUCCAACCAGCACUAUGGCCUAAUCUGAACAAGCUGUAAGGUCUAUUUCCAAUUCUGCAUCUUCCUUGGAAAAUAAGUCAGUAGAACCAGAGGUUGGGAGGUGGCCAGCAGAAAUCAGGAUGGUUAUUAUAACAUUGUGUUGUUUAUCAUUACUCUGAUGUCUGCUUUGUGCUGUAAACUCCCUGAUUGUUGUGGCUUUUGUUCUGUGCAGCAGGAUUGUAAGCCCAAAUCAACCCUGCCAUGAUAAAUACUGAGACCCAAGUGAUUAUUGCUCAAGUUUUAUACAACUCUAUCUAGAAAGAUGCCAAACUGUAAGCUUCUUAGGAGCACCCCAAGGGUAAGGGGGUAGCAACCAGUUAGCUUAGAGCAGGCCUUGGUCUGCAGUGACUAAAUUUAAAAUUAUGUGCUUGUGGCUGGGAAGCUGAAGUCUAAGAUAAUCCCUGGCCUAUUUUGUUAAAGGAGGAGGGAAGGGUAAGUCCAACAAUGAUGAAUUCAGUAGAUGGGAAAGCCAAAGGAAAUUCAGAUCCCUGUGAGGAGCUGUUAGCAGGACAAAGAUAAGUAACAGGAGCAGUUAAGCUGGGAAGGGUAUUAACCCCCAAAAGGGGCAAAAUUGCAUCUGCACAUGAAAAUAGCCUGCUUAGGCCCUUGACAAACUGCUGCAAAUGGGACCCCACCUGUUUGCUGGGGAUUGCUAAGAGAUUAGCUCCAGUUUUAUUUUAGCCAUACGAGAGACUCAGGGAAAAAGCUUUGCUCAUUUGGGGAAGGGACUUUCCAAGGUUCAUGAAAAUAAACAGAGAGGUCAUUCAGGGCAAGGACUAUUCUUUCUUCUAUAAUGCUAUAGCACAUACGAUGCUAUAACACCUAUACCAUGGCCACAGAAAGACAUGGGCUGUCUGGAAAGGAUAUGCAUCAGUUAGACACUUAUUAUUCAGAUAUCGGUAGAUAGGGAACUGGUAUUAUUCUCUUCAGGGAAAGAGAUUGAAUCUUAGAGUGGUAACAGUUCUUCACAUAAGAUUCACAGGAAGUAGCAGAGGCUUCAUAAGCUAGGUCUCCUGACCCUCACUCAAAUGUCAUGUCUGUCAUUAAGGAAGGUUAUUCCUGGCAGCUGGAAUAGCCCUCCCCUGGAGCAGCCCAUGAGUUCCAGCUGUUGUAUACCUUGGACAGGGCCUGCCGGAUCCCUAACAACUUGGCCGCUAUUAGCCCACUGUAAAGGCCUGACCCUGGCCUUCCCAACCCCAGGCAGAACUCAGAGAAAUACAACUUUGGAAGUCAAAGUUGUCUAAGUGGAAAAACUGUCUGGGGAGUAUCACACCUCAUUAUCCCUUUCUCCUUGGAUGUCUCAAGAAGAAAGCCCAACCCAAGCAGCUCUUCCAACUGUAUCAUAAGGAAUGCUUUUUUGCAUGGUAACAUCAUGGAAUCUUCAGAGGAAGGCCCUCAGUGAUGGGAUCUUAGAUUAACUGGAGGGGACAGGAAAGGCCAGCUAGCCCAACCGCUCCUUUCUCUCAUUUUACAGGAAUGAGGAAACUGGGGCCUGCAGAGGCUAAGUGAUUUGUCCAAGAUCAUAUCGAGUAAGUGGCAGAAUUAAGAUUGAAACCCAAGUCUACUGUCUACCAAGCCAGCACAUAUUGCCCCUUGCUUCCUUUGGAAUUCCUGGAUGUUCAGGCUGUGUGAGGAUAGGGAGAAAGCCCUCAGGUAAAUGGUGAUGAAACAGGCUGCAGCCAAAGGAGGCGUAACAUUUGGCCCUGGCCCUAAUGCCCCUGGUAAAACGGGCUACGAAAGAGUGCUAAGAAAAAUGGCUAUUCCCCUCGGUCUAGAGCAACUUAUAAACCUGUUGUUGCAGAAUUAAUCUCCAUCAUGAUACUGUAUGGGACAUGGUUUGUUGGCUUAAUCCCAUUUAGGGACUAAUUUGCUUGCAGCUCAACUAUGGUCCCACCAAAAUAAAGGGUAAGUAUUUGGAAAGCUUCAAGAUUUAGUGGGUAAGUUGAGGAAGGGUCACAGUUCCAAUGCAUCAUUCUCCACUGACCAUAUUGUCCCUAUGCCGUGACCACUGAGUAAAGACAGAACUUUUCUCUUCAAAGUUAAGUAUUUUAAUAAGUGUGACUUUAUUAAAUUAUCCCUGCAGGGGUGAAGCAUUGCUGUUCUCAUUUUAAUGUAAAGAAAUUGGGACUUAAUCACUUUUAUGUCUAGCAAAUCUUGAUUUCAGUGUUCCGGUUCCUUAAAAAAAAAAACAAAACACCUCCCUGACUUCAUGUGUGUGGCUAUUCUCUUCACUGAGAGUUCAGACCCCUUCAUGGCUUAAUAGAUGGCUUAAAUGAGUUGCUCUAACAAAAAUAACCCCACCUCCCCCCCCAAAAAAAAAUUGCAUGAUGGCUAACCUUCAGGCAAUGAGCUUCUCUAAAUUUAGUUAAGCCAAUCCUCAUAUAGAUGUUGUCAGGCCAUACUGAAAGUUCCAUAGGAUCAACAAGGAGCUUCUGCUUCCUGCCCCAGUCUUCAAAAAAACAGGGUCAUCCCCACACCAUGAUAAGGCAUUAGAGUAGGACUAAGGGCUAAUGUAACUCCAUCAUCAUCAUCAUCAUCAUCAUCAUCAUCAUCAUCAUCAUCAUCACUAUCAUCACCAUCAUUAUCAUUAUCAUUAUCAUCAUCAUCACCAUCAUCAUCAUUACCACUAUCAUCAUCAUCAUCAUCAUCAUCGUUGCUAGAAUUUACAUGGCAAUUUAAGAUUUGUGAAGCAUUUUAUAUAUGUUAUCUAAUUGUUCCUCACAACAACUCUGUGAAAUAGAUGUAGUUAUUAACCCCAUUGAAGAGACAAGAAAACUGAGGCUGAGAGAGUGACUUGCCUAGCUAGGAAGCAUCUGAGACGGGAUUUGAACUCAAGUCUAUCCUGACUCCAAAUCUAGCAUUCCAUACCACACAACUGCCACAUUAUUCCAGAGAGGUGGAAAUCUGUUCUCCUCUUAAAGAUAUCUUAGAUGAAGAAUCUUGAACUUUCUCUGAAACGCAUGCUAGCUGUUUGAUAAGCUUUUGGCAGAACAUUAGUCCUUCUUGUAGAAUUUACCCUUACUUCCUCUCUUAUUGCCUUCAUUAAAGAUGA